UAAUGUCCAUUGAUGGAAUCUUCCUACACAUCUUACAUUCCCUUUUUAGGGAUGGGUCAGAUAAAACAAACCUGCUGUCUGUAUCACUUUGGCCGGGGAUCAUUUAAGCAUUUACAGAUGUUGUACAUUUUGUGGAUGCAUGGUGUAAUGAGAAGCUACUGGGGCCCUUUUACAUUCGUUUUGCUUGAACAUCACAGGAGAGAGACUGGACAAGAUAAAGUUUUUUGGGCUGCUUGUGUAAACAUUGUAAUUCAUUUGAUGACUUUAAAGCAAUGAAUUUUGUAUGCACAGUACAGUACACGCUAUAUGGUGAUACAGGCGCAAAACAAACAAAUCGCUCGCAGUUAUAUAACAUACAAUUGUUCUUCAUGUUUCAGUACUGUUUACUUACUUUAUAUUAUGAAAUAAACAAGGAUCUUUGAGACAACAUGGAACAUGCAAAGAAUUCAAACUUAGCAUAAUGGACAUGUUAAAGAUUAAUAAUGACGUCCAGAUUGUUAAACUCUUAUACAAGCAUUCCAUACACCAAACACAAGCUUUUCAUCAUAUAUCAUAAAAGAUCAAACGCUGAACAAAAGUUAUGUGAAGAAGUUAAUGCACGCAGCUACAGCCUGGCAUUCUGUUAAUAAGUAAUAUUGGUCACAGACUUACAAUUAAACCAAACAUGGCAUGUUAUACAAUAAGAUGAUCUUUUUCAUUUUUACAUUUGCUAGGUGGUACUAGGUAAUCCUUUAAUUAGUGGAGGACUCAAUCCAUGCGAACAUGAAUAGAGCCAUGUGAUGCAUUUCUACCCCUUGAGAUGUUUCACAGGAUUCGUUAAAAAACGCAGAUUCAAUGGCAUGGAAGCCCACACUGAAACAAAGACUCCAGGUCACAAACCAGAGAGGUUUCCCACCUCUUGAAACUAUUCCAGUAAAUCAACAUGGAUCAUCUUCUCCAAACACUGGUCUCAAUAGCAACACCAUGCUUCAGGGCAGGUCUCUUAAAGAUUCAAGACAACGCUCGGAAAAAAACUCAUUCACGGCUAGAAAAGCUUUUCUCAUAGCAUGCGGGGUGCAAUGUGUUCUGUCACCACGACCUACCAACUGCUCCACAUCAUCACCCAAUAAAGAUGAGAAAGAGAGACCUCGUUCCUCUCCUGCAAGAGGUGAAAGAGUCGAGAGAGAGAUGGAGGGAUGGUCUGCAUACUCUGGGAUCAAGAGAACAGAUAAAAGAGAGCGAGCGAGGAGCAGUAUACACAGAGAGAGAGCACCGGUGGAUUUAACACACAGGCCUUUCACUGUUCCACUGGAGAAACAGAUGAGACGUCGAGCAUUAAGCACACCAGAUAUUCCCACAUGCAAGAUUCUCUGGCGAAGAAAAGAUGAUCAAAGUUUCCUCCAAGAUGAUCCUCAACACUCUGCUGAAGACAAGAGUCUCGACCUGACUCCAUCUCUUCAUCUCUACCUGCCUUCAUCAUACCAGCCAGAAGAGCGGCUGGGAGAACAAAACAACGGUUUGGAUGUGCACGACAAGCAAGCCGUCACGCUCACAGUGGAAGUCAGAGAGCAUAACAUCGCCACAGAUAUCCAAAACCAAGACAUCACUGUCAACAGUAUAAAUGAAGAACGGCAAAAUGAUUUUACGGAUGGCUUACAAUAUGAUGUCACAGAUGCCAGGCGGCCUAACAAUCCACAGCCUGGCAUGACUGACACACAGCAUGAAACUCCAGAGGAAAACUUUGAGAAUGACAUCAUAGACGGAAAAUCGGAGAGAAUCACAGAUGACAACAUUCAACAUGAAAUCACAGAUAACAGCAUCGCGCAAAUAAAUCAAUGUGAUAUCAUCGACGUUGGUGAAUCUUACACUGAAGAUGGGCAACCAAAAACUAAUAACACAUAUAAGAGAACCAGAUCAAAUAUUCAUAACCGGACUACAUACUUAAGAGUGAACAACACCUCUAAUGGCAAGCUCAUAGACAAAACACGUUAUCCGGCCCCAGCUACGGCUCUUACAUUCCCAUAUUCAACAAUGAUGGACAGAAAUCCCUCUUCCACGGUAAGCGUCUUGCCAUCGUUUUAUGGAAUUUCGUUUGGCAUCAAAACAUUCAACACUUCUGAGCCCCGCAGUUCCAAAACGAGAAGCAGAAAAGUCUAUAAUGACAUCAGAUUUAUGCGGCCGAUGCAUGACGUGCGACACAUCAUAGAAACAAAAGGAAAUUCCUGCUCUUUACAAACAAAGGCUGGAGGCGUAAUCAGCCCCCGCCCCAAAAUAAUGAGCACUGAGAGGAGGACCCCGCCUCAUAAAAUUAAAACCACCAAAACAUUUUUGUGGGGACCAGACGGACCCCAAGAAACUAAGACGGUGUGCGAGCUACAGAGUCACUUGAACAGGUGGAGGAGCUCAGUUUAAUGUAAGAGGGCAGACAUGUGUGUGGCCUUACAUGCCUUCUGCAUGAGACUGUUUGGGUUUAAAUGCAAAUGUCUCAUGGUUUUCAGAAGGACUUAUUGAGAACACCAACCUCAAAGUCUAGCAUAGAAGAACUAUGAAUUAUUUGGGAUUUUUGAAACACUCUGGUUUUUCUCAGUGACUGACGUUGCAGUUCGUGUUGACGUGAAUUAUUAUGAUUCAUUGAAAAACAAAUCCCUGCAGGGUCUUGGUGCUUUCUGUCUGUGACUCGAUAUAAAACCAGUAGAUCAUCUAAGAUGUAACUCUUUUAUUUAGAAAGCAUGAGUCUGGUGAGUGUAUUUCAGCACUGGGGAAUCAUAUUUCAUAAGGCUGUAGUUAAAGAGAAAAUAACAGCCAUUGGCUUUGGAAAGUAAAAUGCAUUCAUAUCUUAAGAAUCAGACGUUUUGUAAAAAAUAUUGAUACGUUAGUAAUGUUAAAUUAAAUGCCAAGUAUGAGGAAGUAGAAAUUACAUUGUUAUAAUUUUAAAUGUUGUGAAAUAUAUACAGUAUGUGCAAAAGGCAACAAUACCAUGCCAGAAUUAGAUUUGUUGUUUUGCAAGCGUAUAUAUGAUAUGAUCAUAUAAAAUAAAUUCUAAGUCUCUUUAUUAGAAUUCAACCAGAAAAUACAGGAAAUGUGUAUGUAGUAUUAAAAACAGUAUAAAAUUAAGCUGAAGUGGCAAGUAUUCAGGGUAAACUCCGCUUUACUCAGUGCGGCUCGUGACUGCUCAUCCGAGGGGCGCUAAUUCAAAAUAAGUGUUCGGAGUGUCAUGUGUGUUGCUCGUGUUUUCAAAAUUGUUUGUUGUGUCAUGUAAACCAUG